GGGCAACCUGAGUAGUCAGAGCGAACCUGCGAGCGCCUAACAGAAGCUCUGCUUACUUUGAUGCUUUUGGAUCUGAGCGAUUUAGGAUCCGGACAUGGACUCCAGCGCGUACGGCGCCUCGCUGGCCGGGGGCACUUUCGAUUUUCUUGGUUUUUUGAAACAGCCACAAACUAUAGUGCGGAUUUUGAGUUGGGUGUUUGCUAUCAUCGUUUUCGCCACCAUUGUGGCCGAGGGUUACGUCAGCACGAACGUCGGAACCCCGGACGCCAAGUGCAUGUUUAACCAGAACGACGGAGCCUGCAGCUACGCUGUGACUAUUGGCGUGCUCGCCUUCCUGGCGUGCGUCAUUUUCCUGGUCCUGGAUGCCUACUUUCCUCAGAUCAGCAAUGCCAAGGAAAGGAAGUACAUCGUCAGUGCAGACCUGAUAUUCUCAGGAACGUGGACGCUCCUGUGGUUUGUAUGCUUCUGCUACCUGGCCAAUCAGUGGGGUAAAACCACGGACAUGACCGGUAUCAUCACCGAUGCUGCCCGUGGUGCCGUUGCCUUCUCCUUCUUCUCCACCGUCAGCUGGGGCCUUCUGGUCUUCUUUGCAUUUGGAAGGUACCGCCAAGGGGUGACGGAGUUUGGGCAGACUUAUGCCGAUCCGGCCCACGACACUCCGUACCCGCCCUAUCCCACCGGAGCUCCUCAGGGCUAUCAGCAGUCUCCCUUCACCGGCGGCACGCAGCAGCAGGGUGAAGGAUCGUACCUGCCCCCCUCCUACUAGAGGAAUCGGGGUGGGGGAAGUGACACCAGGUGUAAACCGCCCAAUGACGAAACGCUGCCAGUGCAAUGAAGCUCCGCCCUAUGUCUGGCUUAGCCAAUUAAAUGAGUUCCAUCAAAUAGUAGUAUAGAUGGGGGUGUACUGAUGCUAUUUAUUUGGCCAAAGAGGAGAUGGGGUGGAAGGGGAGAGGGUGGGGUGGGGGGGGGGGCACAGAGGGGGUAACAAAACAUCAAAUAAGAUCUCAAUUAUGACACUGUGCUUGCUUUUUUCAGAAUGUACUUUGUUCUGUGCCUGCAUGUGUGAGGUAAACGCCAAAGUUUUCAAGUUUUCAUUUUGGCCCCAAGUAUUUUAGCGAUUUGUGGACGUGGCCAUACACUGCUCAGCCAGGGAUCUUUGGAGCUAAAUGCCGAUUUCAGGGUCUGGUGGUGAGAGACCUGUUCCAUCAGCACAUGAGCAGUAAUCCAAAACAUUAGACGAUUCUCAAACUUUGUGUCGCACAUCUUAAGGAUGGCGGUGGGUUGUGUAAUGGGAUGGGGGUGUGUGACUGUUUACAUCAGUGCUUCUAAGAUGCGUUUUUAAGGAUUUGUACAAACUGAAUCUAUAAUUAGCUGCAAGUAGUCUGCUGUUUUUUUUUUUAUGUUUAUCUUGGUCCAGUUCGGCGGAAUAUUAGUGGCUGUACCUGAAACUCGCAUUCCUGCCAAAUGCCAGAUUUUGCCCGUUCCUCGCCCAUGUUGGGCCGUCCCAUGGCAGGUGGCUCCUUGCAUCGCAUGUCAAAAACAAGAGCUAAUUAACAAGUGCCAUCAACCACACAGUUCUUACACUGUUGCGGGGGGGGGGGUCACUAUGGUUCGUAUAACCUCAAAGCUGGGUGCGCCAUUAGACGGCAGACCGUUAAAAAUGGGGUUCGCUUCACAGCUUUGUCUUCUUUUGAUCUUAAAAGGUCAAAUUAUUAACCAAUAGCACAUUUGCAUAUACAGAAUCACACUUCCCUACACUGGAGAAGAUAUUCCUGUGUUCGUAUUGGUAUGAUUAGUGUAUGUUUUCUUUUUUUAUUACACAGUGGCUACUUUAAUGAAAAAUGAGUUAAUCUGUUAAGGAGUGAUUCUGCACAUUUUGAAUACUAUGAGUAGUGUAGUUUCGGUGUAUAAGGCGUUUCAGCCACAUGACGUGACAGACUUCUGUGAGACCAUCCUGGUAUCGCUCUGACGAGGUUCAUAGCAUCUUCAGUUUACUAAUGACAGCUUAGAAAAGUCAGCACAUAGAUUUCGAUUCUGGUUGCCUGUAUUUACCUUUUAUUUUGGAACUGAUCAAGACGUCUAAGCACAGGACAGGAACUUGGAUUGUUUCAGUAGAACAUUUCACUAUACAAAAUAGUGGCACAAUUUGUGGAUUAAGUAUUAAAAAAAUAUUAGCUGCACCACAUACAAUAUCUUUCCCUCUUAAUUUAGAAGGCAUCCUCUCUUCUGUGCCUGUAUGCCCUGACUACGAAUAUUACACCCAUCUACAGUUCCUCACAUAGCUGUAAACCUUUUCCUCUGGUUUUGACAUUAGGUUAAGGAUUUUUUUUUAACACCACAGCCCAAUGUGGAGGUGCUGGCUUUAUUUGUACGAUUGUAUUUGCCAAGUUAAAUUUUCAGUAUAACGUGAUUUCAGUGUAUGACUACUGUGCUGUUCUUCCUUUAACGGUGUAUAUUUUCUUAUGGUUCAUAAAGUGGUUAAAUUGCUGUAAUCAUUGUCUGUAACCAGCUAUUCAUUUCUGCUCCUGGAAUGUAGAAGCCCGUUUCCUGCCGGGUCUGUAUAUCCAGUUUUUUUUUAAUUUUUAAAACAAAAACCAGUUAAGAUUUUCCAAUUAGAAGUUAAUGGACAACAUGCUUAUCAGAACCCCCAAUUGUUUCACACUGGAGUAAAUUCUUAUCACUCCAUAAAUCAUUAAAAGACAAUCAGUACAUGAAA